UGUUCAGGCGCAAAGUAGCCUACACGUGUGACGUCACACAACGUCACCUAAAAAACAUGGCGACCUCCGGGAAGAAGUCUGCCUUGUUCGUUUGCUUGGGGAAUAUUUGCAGAUCCCCAAUCGCUGAAGCAGUCUUCAGGAAGAUGGCAGCAGACGCUGGCGUUGUGGAGAAGUGGAGGAUAGACAGUGCUGCCACCUCCAACUAUGAGAUAGGAAACCCUCCGGACCACCGCGGUCAAGCCUGCAUGAAGCGUCACGGCGUGCCCAUGCAGCAUGUGGCCAGGAAGGUGACCAACGAUGAUUUCAUGACCUUUGAGUACAUCCUCUGCAUGGACGAGAGCAAUUUAAGUGAGCUGAACCGAAGAGCAAAUCUUGUGAAGAACGCCGUGGCAAAGGUUGAGCUUCUGGGUUCAUAUGACCCGAAAAAGCAGCGCAUCAUCGAAGACCCAUACUAUGGCAGUGACGAAGACUUUGAGAAGGUGUACGAACAGUGUGUACGCUGCUGCAAAGCAUUCUUGGAGAAAAACUCCUAAUAACAUGUAACCUUAAAUGAUCUGAAUCUGUGGAAUUAACAAUAAAAAUUAACCAAAUAUGAUUUGACUGCGUCGCACAUAUAUAAUUAUGUGCAGUGUACAUAACACUCUUUUGGAUGCCACUGGAAGACCAGGAAACCCACUUCUUUUAGUAUUGUAAAUGUUAUACAAACCAAACAUGUAUCUUUAAAACAAUGCUGCUUGGACAAGUUUGUGGACUGUAAAUUUAUGUGAUUAAUAAAAUUAGAACAUCAGACUUAUUUUA